CAAUUAUUCGGGACUACGUCGGAUUGUGUCAAAUCAUUGGAAUUAUCAAGUUUGGAGAGAAAAUGUCAUUUUCAGAAUUAAUAGGCGAGUUGAAGGGAGAGUUAAAAUCACUUGUUGUAUUUGUCGAGAAUGCAAGUAGGUGGAAAAUAACUGAUGAAGGGAGGUGGUUAGAAAAAUUUGGUGCUAUAGUUAAACAAUCUUAUGAGAGAUCGUCUAGGAAGGCAUUGUUGGAAAUAACAGAAAAUACUAAUAUUUUGUAA